CUCGAAACGUAGUGAGCCACUGCAGAAAGCUUCUUGGGUGACAAAGCCAACCGGUUUGUAUUGAAAAUAGUUUGGGGUGUUCGGUUUUUAUUAGUUCUUCACUUUACACCUGGUGCAGUUUUGUUAAUGCCAGCGUUUAUUGAAGACCCCGCUCAGUUCUCUAUAGAGAGACUGAAGUCUGAGCUUACAGCGAAUAAUGUGGAGCUGCCACCCGCCGACAGCAAGAAACGUGUUUAUUUGGAGCUUUAUCUCACAAGUGUAAAGACAAACAGCCCAGAUUUUUCUAGCGACGAGGAGGACGACGGUCUUAACGGCGACGUAGAGAAAGAAGAGGUGUCAGAUAUGGUAGACCUGCACCAACUGACUGAUGACCAGUUGAAAGCCAGGCUGCUCCAAUAUGGAGUCAAAGCUGGACCCAUUGUUGCUACUACUAGAGCCCUAUAUGAAAAGAAGCUGCACAGGCUGAUGGAAGGUCCGGCACAGAAAUCACAGCACAGUGUUAAUGGCACAGCGUGGACUACCCAGUACUCUGACAGUGAGGAAGAUAUUGAGAGAGAGGAAGAUAAAGAGUCAGAGACCGAGCAACACCUUUCUAAAACUGCAUCCCAGACAGAGACCAGCACAAGCAGAAUAAGGACGUCAAGUCAGGGCAAAGAUUUUUACCCACAAUGCUUUUUACCCUCAGCUGGAUGGGUAAAUGGAAAGACUCGGCAGAUGUCGGCAUCAGACACCAGCAAAAACGGGUCUUUGAUUUUGAUUGGGUCUCCAUGUAGUUCCUUCAGCAUCUCUCAGAUGGUGGAAGAGGGAAGUAUUGAGAAUAGAUUUAGUCCUCAGUCAAAACAGACAGAAAUCGAAAGAAGGUCCGGUCAAAGAUCUGACUAUGUAGCAAACGGCAAGACCCUGCAGGAUUUCAUGAGGCUAAAUAAAGACACCAUGACCGGCAGAUCUCUAUGUUUAAUGUCUCCGUCAUCCCAUCAGAAACAAACCGUCACAGAACCUGUGACUGAUGUCCUCACAGAGAUUUUCCCUGACACUGCCAAAACUCCCACUGGAAUCUACGCUACAAAGAGGCGACCUAUAAAGGGAGCUGCAGGCCGUCCCGUGCAGUUUAAAUACCCAGAGAUGCCUCUACUAAGUCCCACUACAUUAGAGAGGCAAGAGAUCCAGCAGCGCCUGGUGCCUUUGUGGGUUCAGAUCCUUGUCUUUCUCCUGGUGGCCUGUCUGCUUUACAUCAUCUACUUGUCCAUGGAAGAGCCACCGUCCAAUCCUUUCACUCCUCUGCUAGAUGGUCUAUAUGAGUACAUGCAUAUAACUGAUUCUGCUGCUUAGGUCAACCAUACAAUGCCAUAGGAAGUUAUGUAAAGACUAGGCCUGUCUUCAAAUCUGUCUCUGUUGGAUAAACUGUGUGGACUUUGGACUGAAUGAAAUGAAGGAGAUCUGCCUCACAACGCUACUUUGGGUGCUAAAGUUAUUCUGUUAAUCACAAACCUGCCUUAGAAAACACUGAGAUUUUAAAACUAAACGGUUACUGAUAUUUUGGGUAGUUUUAGGUGCCGUCCGUGCCUGAUUGAUCUUUUACCAUGUAUUUUAUGCAGGUUUUCCUCAUUUAAAGUUAAUGUGGGUUGUUUGUACUUUUUCUUAAUUCACAGUGACACAGCAGACUUCACAAGGGAACAUUUACAUUCUGUCUUAUCUAGCUGGACUGUUAUGUAAUGCAUUAUGCCCUUUAAAUUAAAGUUAUUGUGUACUGAUGUUUGUUUUUAUGUGUGAAUAAAUAAAUUUGUUUUUGUCAUAAGA